ACGCAAAAAAAGACACAUCAGCCAGUAAAAACUUUGACAAAGACACCCAUCUCGAUGCACCUAAGCAUUCUGAGAAAUCUUCAGCAUCAACGAUGAAACGUUUGAAUGAUAAAAAUGAGGUAGACUCAUCUGACUCGUCUUCCCGUGACAAAGCUCUUAUAAAGUCUGAGGAAGAUCCGCAUAACGUCCCCAUGCUACCACUCGUUGUUCCCAAUCGUCCCAUUGCAGAACGUUCUUACAAAUUCAUUGGUAACGUACCACAGGAUCUAUCAGCUCUUAGUGUCGUUGCCGUAGCGGAUAUUUUACGAGGUUUGAAAAUGGGACAAUAUGCAAAUAUUUUCGAAAUGGAAUUAAUCGAUGGAAUAAUGCUAAUGAAACUCACAGACUCCGAUUUGAAGUCAUUUAAUAUGUCUCCCAAUCAACGUUUGAAGCUGAUGGGGUUCAUCAAAGGUUGGAGACCUCGAUUAAAGCUGACUGAGCAAGGCAAAACGCGUAAUCCUGUCAUAUCAUCAAGUGAUAAGGAAGUGUUUUCUUUUGAAAAUGAGCAAUCAACAGGUAAAGAGAAGAUCUCUGAUGGUGGACGUCUUGAAGAUAUGGACAUAGGACAAGAUGCAGAUAUUUUCGAAGAGGAAAUAGUCGAUGGAGUACUGGUAAAGGACCAGCAAACUACGUCACUCCGUACGAAAGCUACAAGAUUGAUAAAUCGGAAUGAUUCAUUGUAUGAGCAAGAAUUUAAUUUCAAAAGUCAAUUUCUUGAUGAACGUUACAACAUUAAAAAAGACGUACAUGAAAAGUUUAAAAGUUUAUCGUGGAUAUGUGGCAACUAUGGAACAGUUAUAAAAAACAAAGUUAUAUCCUAUCCUCAUUUAUAUAUCACAGUUGAUGGUUAUGAAGAAAGGUCAGAUGAAGAUUUAAAGAAUCAAAUCGACCAGACAUUUGAAUGGGAAGCAUCGAAAUUCAUCGAAAUCAGGCGUAAACCUUACAAAAAUCCAAAGAUUCGAUAUUUAUCAAAUUUACCUGAUGUAAGAAAAUACGUAAAUGAUUUUGGGGAGAAGAGUUUUGCCUUUAAUUUAAAUCGAGCGAAUGGAGAGCUUUACAAAAGAAUUGAAAUCAGGGAAGAAACUGUGAAAGUUCGUAUAAAUAAUCACAGUAUGGGCUUUAUAAUUGAACGGUGUUUUUCGCAUUUGACAAAAUACACGAAUGUAGACAAGGAAGAAACGGAGAGAGAAGUCAUUUUUCAAAAUGCAGUCAAGAUGAAAAGUGACUCUCAAUUUCUAAAAAAUAGUGAUUCUGAUAGACUUGUCUAUUUUUUGGAUAAACAAGAAAAUUGGCAGCCCUUUGCAUAUGUUUUAUGUGAAAUAGAAGAUGAUGAUGAUGGUGAUGAAAAGGAGGAUAAUGACUUCAUGAAAUGUAAAAAUCGACCUUUGAAAACUUUUAUAUGUUUGAAAUUAGAUGAAGCAUGAGAGCUGUUGACUUGAACGAUUGUGGAAAAUUUAACAAUAAUUCAAUUUCAUCCAACUAAAGCUGGGACUUUAUUACAUACUUUUCCCACUGUUAGCUUGAAGCAAAAAGAUUUGAUGUGAAUUCAUCAUGUUUUGUGUUUGCGUUCAUGCAAUGUUUUGACAUUUGAAUGCUAGAGAUAUUACUGUGCUUAAUAAUUUCAGAGGAUUCAGUGAACUAACUUAUGCGGGUUCCAUUUUUUUCGGGGACACCCUGUACAAUAUUGUUGUAACUUUAAGUACUGCUAGUCUCUAAUCAGCAAAAUACUACUAGUGCUUUAUAUCCGAUUUGACAGUCAAAUGUAAAAUAGUAUGUAGAAAAAAUACGCACGAAGAGCGCACAUAUGGGCAAUAAAAUUUAAUGAAAUGUAAACAGUUUAGAUAAUGCUAUAUAUGUUUAAUGUCAUGAGCAUCAAACUUUCAAAAACAUCGAAGUAAACAAGUUUUAUCAAUAUCUUUAAUGUUAAA